UUAAUAAACUAACCCAUGUCAUUUUACAUAAUCCUACCAAGCAAGGGUUUUCUUCACUCUUUGAUGUUAAAACAGAGUUUUCACAUUUGUUUUUCAGAAAAGCUGCGAAAGGAAAUUGGUGACAGGAAAGCUCAGUUUGAGAAUGGCUGGCAGAAUUCAUAUUUGUACCCUGACUGGAGGAAAAAAUACUACCAACCUGUGAAUGUGACUCUCGACCCAGAGACAGCCCAUCCUGCCCUCAUCUUGUCUGAAGAUAGACGACGAGUAACAAUGGGGGAGAAACUUCAAGAUCUUCCUAGCAGCCAGCUGAGAUUUGAAUCCCUUCCCUGCAUGCUGGGGCAACAGUCCUUCAACUCAGGGAGGCACUACUGGGAGGUGAAGGUUGACAGCAGUACAGCCUGGGACCUGGGAAUCUGUCGGAGUAACGUAAUGAGAAAGGAAAGGACUUACAUAAAACCUGAGGACGGUUUCUGGGCCAUUAGGCUUUAUAAUGAUGAGUACUGGGCACUCACCUCGCCAGAGACUCAACUAAAUCUAAAAGAACCCCCUCGCACGGUUGGCAUUUUCUUAGACUACGAAAAUAGACAAGUCUCCUUCUACAACAUGACAGACAACAGCCACAUCUACACCUUUUCUCAAAGUGAUUUUUAUGGAUCCCUGAGACCUUUCUUCAGACUUUGGUCCAAAGAUUCGGGACAUCUGGACAUCUGUCCACUCCCUAAGGAGCCAGAAUAGGCACAGUUUGAUGAUGACCCUAACUCUCCUCUCAUUGUGGUUGUGGAUGCAUAAUAUCCCCUAAAGAUUAGUGAGAGCUGACACAUUGGUCAUGGCAUGGAUCUUCCUAUACUAGAGCACAUUGUUUUACUCAGUCUUUCCACGGUUCUUCUAAUCAUUUAAUUUCCCUCAUAAAUUGUUAUUAAAUAUUAUGUUGCAGUGUAAUGAAAUUGUUGCUUAUACUCUGAUUAACACAAAUAUAUGAAUACGCAUGUAGAUCAACAUAUGCACUUAUUGUAAUCAAAUCCUUAUUACAGAGUUUCACAGGCAAAUGCGCACUGCCUAUCCCAGGUCAGGUUCUCAAAUAUUUUGCAAAACUAGCAAUAAAAUGGAUUGUAUCCUA